ACGCGCCACAACGUGAACCCCGACUUCAACGAGGAGUUCAAAGUCUCGCUUCCGACUCAACACUCGGAGAAACUCCAUCUUCUCUUCACAUUCUUCCACAUCUCGUGCAAGAAGGAGUGUCUGCGAACACCCGUCGGUCACGCGUGGCUCCCGAUCGCGCGUCUGUCGCACUCGUCGCCCGUCGCGCUGUCCGUCUUCGGCUCCCUUCCCGCCGGUUACCUCUCGUGCCAAUCCCUGGGUCUCGGAAAAGGCCUUUCGAUGCCAGACACGCGAUUCGUCGCGAAAGACGUGUUCGUCGUCUCGACGCGUCUCGUGUCGUCCGUUAUGUCGCGCGACGCCUCUCUCGACGCCGCCGUCCAGUGUUUCGCGCGCAUCAAUCGCGAUGACGGCCGAGAAGUAUCUCGAGCCGUGACGCUCGAGAACUGCGUCCGAAAACAUCUCAAACAACUGCUCGUCUCUGACGUCACCGAAUUGGUCCGAUUCUCGCCAAUCGUGUUGCAGCACACCCUCGAACUUGUGGUACGCGUGCGCGACCCCGACGUCAUCGGCGACGCGCUGCUCACUGUCCUCCGGUUGGUUCACGCCCUCCAACACCGCUCUGACGUCAUCGUCGCCUUCGCAGAGACCACUUUCACGACGCGUCACGUGACCGACUCCUCCUUCCACGAACAGCUCGCCCUCGGAUUGGACCGCCUCUUGGCUUCCGUCGACCAAUCGGCGGACGAGGAGUCGCGACUCGUAUUGCGUCACAUCUGGUUUUUGCUGCGAAUUCACGUCAAGGCGUGUCUCCAACACAUCCACGCCCACGACGACAGCCCCGCCCCCUUCUCGCGCUCUCACUCCCAACUCGUGCGGCAACUCAUGGCUCGCGUGACGUCACUCGUGACGCAGUGGUCGCGCGCGGAGGAGGCGUCGCUGGCGAACCGCGCGCUCGCGCACUACGCCUCCCGCCUCCUGUCGUUCUGCGCGGACCAGAGGGCGGUCUUCGCGGGCGUCGACGCGCACCUCCGCGCUCUCUCUUCGCGCGACGUCGUGCUCUCGGAAAUGCGUCUCCACUUCCUGGCCGUCGUUCUCGCGCACGAACACCUCCUGCCGCCCGCCACGCCCCCCUCCGCCCUGACUCCGCCCCCCGUUCCGCUGGCGCUGCUCUUCCGCGAACUGCGACACUCCCUCCAGCAGAGCGUUCGUCACGUGAGACAACUCGCGAUUCAAAUGUUACGCAAUCUUCUCGCCAAACACGCGCUCGACAAUCGACUCGCCGACGACGACGGCCACGCCCUCUCGCAAGCCGUCGCUCUCUAUUUGCCGGCUCUUGACGUCAUCGUCGAUCACGUGACCGCCGACCCCUCGGCAGAGGACCCGCGCCGUCACGCGCAGACUCCCGACAGCUUUGGUCAGCACUCGCGUCACAACUCUCUUCCCGCGCGCUUCGACGCUCUCAACGCCGACGAAGUGAAGGACAUCCUCUCGUGCGUCCUUUUCCUCGCCUCCCACCUCACGCCGGAUCACGUGCAACGAAUGCCUCCGCAACGCCUCGAGCGCCUCCUCGUCGUCAUGGAAACGGCCGUGCACACAUUCGCCUUCCGCGAUGACGUCACGGACGACGCGCAGACGCGCUCCAAGACGUUGCCGUCGGCGCUGUUGGCGAAAGACGUGGAUCUCUUCCUCUGCCGCCAAAACCUUUCCGUCCAAACGGCUCUCACGGCUCUGCGAACCGCAAGACUGUGUCUCGAGUCGGACGACGACGACGUCUUGCGUCGCGUUGUCGUCCUUCACGUCGCACUUCUCGCCGAACCGCAGUCGCAGACCAUUCUCGCGCACCUCUUCGACAACAUCGCGCUCUUCGCGCAUCACUUCGGACGCCAUCUCUUCGCCGCAAACGCUCUCUUCUCGCAGAUCAUCGCAAAAGUGGUCGAGUUCUGCGACUGCGCUCUCAAACCCAUUCGCGACGCCGGAGUCGACCUUUUGUUCCGGCUCUUCGUCGAGAACUUUAAGCGCACGCGAUUUGAGACCAUUGUUUGCGUGUCGCGAUUGGCGUCCAAUCACAGCAAAGACCUCUCGCGCUUCCAGUCGUCGUUGGCGCGCAUCCAGGCGCUCGCCGAAAGCGACGACUCGUUCGUCAACGACCAGAGACUGACGCAAACGGUUCAACGGAUCCGCGAUAUCCUCAAAGCCACGCAUCGCAUUCGGACCGAAUGCCGCAAUCCGUACGAGAACUGCGAACUUCGCCUCUUCCUCGCCAACUCCUACGCGCAGACCUCGUGGUCUCUGCGGCGCACUUGGCUCGAGAACUUGGCCGAAGUGCACGCUCUGAACGCUGAUUGGCCGGAAUACGCCAUGUGUUUGGCGCACGUGAUCGCCAUCGUCAUCGAGCAGUUGGCGGCAAAGGGUUGCGAACUUCCCGACGCUCGCAAUCACGUGACGCGCGUCUCGCCAAACAUCGCGGCUGACGACACGCGAAUCGAGAGCGACGAUUGGCUCGAGACGGAGGACAGCAGUCACGUGACGCCCGACGCGCUCCAGACGCUCAUCGACGACUGCGCGCAGAGCCUCGAGAAGUGCCAGUUGUUUGAGUUGGCGCCGCACGUGCUCAAAGUUAUGGUCGCGCGUCUCGAGCACGAGUUUGACCACAAGAGGCUGUCGGCGCUCUUCGCGCGCAUCUCGCGAAUGCACGCGCGUGCGCUCGAGGCCGACCUCUCGGGAAGACGGCUUUUCGACACUUACUUCCGAGUCGCGCAUUUCGGCGCUCAAAACCAGGAAUACGUCUACCGAGAGGCGAAAGUGAUGUCUUUGGCGGAAAUGACGUCAAAGCUCCAGAAACUCCACCCCUCGGCAACUAUCGUCUCGGACUGCGACUCCGAUUGCGUGACCGACUCGGCCAUUGUCGUCACGCACGUCAUUCCCUUCGCCGCCGACGCGCGCAACGAUUUCGAGCGCAACGUUGGCGUCAAUCGCUUCGUCUUCGAGCAACGCAUUCGUCACGAGACCGCCGGGAACUCGGUUGCCUCGCAACACAAGCGACGCGUCGUUCUGCGCACAAGCAAUUGGUUCCCGUUUUGCGUGAAACGCGUUCCCGUCGUCCAGCGCGAGGAAACCAUUCUCUCGCCCAUCGAAGUGGCCAUCGACGAGAUGGAGGCGCGCGUGCAAGCGCUCGAACGCGUCACGCAGGCCAACGACGUCAAACACCUCCAACUCGUGUUGCAGGGCUCCGUCCACGUGACCGUCAACUGCGGACCAAUCGCGUACGCGAACGCCUUUCUGCGCGGCGCCGACGAACCGGAAACGGAGGCCGAGACGCGUCUGCGCACUGUCUUCGCGCGAUUCGUGGAGCUCUGCGAACGCGCGCUUCGACUGAACGAACGGCUUAUAAAAGCGGAUCAACUCGAGUACCACUCGUCGCUGAAGACGGCCUUCGAGACCUUCAGACAACAGCUCGACCUCAAGAACGACGCGAAACGCACUUCCGUUCAGAUAUUUGACGUCAUUUCCGGCUCUUCUCUCGCCUGAAGUGAACAAUCUCCGCAAUUGGCGUCUCUCUGGCACUCGGCGCGCGCGCAGGCCGUCCGAGACUUGCCUCGCGAUGAAAUACAUUCACCGGUUCUGCACGUGGACACCGCUGAUGACAUGUCGGAAUGUCGCAAACAAUUAGCAUUUAAUCAUUGAAAUGUAAUUAUUUGUAAAUUAUUUGUCAUUAUUUUAGAUUUCAAUAAAAAU